GUGGUCCUUAGAGAGCCAAUCAGUCAGUCAGUCGAUGGGCUUCUGGCACACGUCCACAUGUAGAGUCAAGACGAGGGGUGGUGGUACAAGGAUCACUCCUUAUUCAAAGGAGCAGGAGCAGGAGGCCGCGAAGAUUCUUGCAGAGCAGAAGGCCAGAAGAGAGGAGUUAGAGAAAAAAGCGAAGAAAGUGGCACUCUUGGCAGAGAAGGCCAAGAAAGCGAAAGAGUUGGAGGAAGAAUUGAAGAGGUUGUACAAAGAAAAAGAAGUCGCGGCCUCAGUUGAGGAAGAAGAAGAAGAAGAAGAAGAGAUUCCCCUGGAAAGAAAUGUGAGGAGAGAGGAAAGAGGCGAGUCAAGUGGCACGAAGCGAGCAGAUACAAGGUUGCAGAAGACGGUGAAGGAUUGGGUGGCUAACCUGUUGCUGGGAGAAGAAGAGAAAGUCAUGUUAUAUGUUCCCCAGGCCGAGAGGGAGGUGGUGUUACAGGAGAUCCAUGCGGAGGAAAAUCCCUUGCGUCGACAGGCUGUGGAUGAGGAGAAAAGGCUGGAGUGGAAGUUGCGCCUAACUAGGGAAAGGAGAAUGCGAAUGGAGGCGGCAGACGAGAUGGAGAAGAGACUGAAUGAGGCUGCAGAGAGGGGAGGACGGUUGGAUGAGACCGCCGAUCUGAACACCCAAAUUGGACUCCUGUCGCAAAACGUGGAGGUGAUAUGGAGUGUGCAACAAGAGCAAUUCCGCCAUCUGAGGGACCAUGACAUUCCCUGCAGUCCAUACGCUUAGGCUUUAAAGACUUUGCACGUGAUAUGAUGUUGCAUGAGGGCACAAAAGUGCAGGCACGAUUAGAUAACACAGAGAAGUUUUGCACAGGCGCUAUAGAAGUUGCCAAGGCAACGCCCCCAAAGGAGGAGGAAGCACACCCCGUAGAGAGCGCGUUAAGGUGAAGUUCCCUGAUCCCUACAGUUGGAAAGGGGGAGAGAACUUCGAUAAUUGGUAGGCCAAUGUAAACUCUUGUGUGCACCUCUUAGAUAUUAUUCUCAAGGAGCAAGUCCUCGUCACCUUCCACGCCCUCAAAGAUGAGGCCUCCAGUUUUGCGAGAUCGUUAGCCCGCGCCGACAAAUGUGAUAAUGAUAUGGUCGCCUACUUUGCGAUCACACCCUUAAGCGAGUUUUUGAAGGCCCUUCGAGAUCGGUUUGCGGAUGUCACUAGGGGGCUCAAGGCCUCUGACAAGCUGCAGACCAUUCGCUCAUGACAGUGGAAGAGUGCCAGGGCACUCAAGGGAGUGAUGGAUGAGUUAGUUGUUGUCCCUCACCAUGGGGUCAUUGAGCCCCAAUUGGUUCAAUUGUUUUGUGCCAUGCCCGAAGCCUUGCACAUGCACUUUUAUGAAAAGAGUAAACAACCCAACAUGAC